AUGAGGAGAGUUGUGCUGAAAGAAGCCGUCAAACGGUUCCCCUGGCUGGCCAAUGUCACUUUGUACGGGUGCUUAUUCGCCGGCGGUGACGUGGUGCACCAGCUCAUCGCUCAGAAGGAGCGCAUGGACUGGAAACACACUCGCAAUGUGGCCAUUGUGGCAAUCAGUUUUCAUGGAAACUUCAAUUACUUUUGGCUGCGAGCCCUGGAGAUGCGGUUCCCCGGAAAGUCCGCCGGGAUGGUUUUCCGGAAGCUUCUGCUGGACCAAAGCUUUGCGUCGCCUCUGGCCACCAGUGUCUUCUACACAGGAGUGAGCUUCUUGGAGGGAAAGGAGGACAUAUUUGAAGACUGGAGAGAGAAGUUCUUCAACACCUGGAAGACUGGACUCAUGUACUGGCCAUUCAUGCAGUUCCUGAACUUUGUCCUGAUGCCACUAUACAUGAGGACGGCCUUCAUGGGCUGCUGCGCCUUCCUUUGGGCCACCUUCCUGUGCUUCUCCCGGCACAGCGGGGACGGCACUGCCGGAGUGGCCCUGGCCUUCGUCAUGGACCCCCGUAAGACCCUGGAGGAGAUGCGCCAGGCCCGGCUGGCCAGGAAAAAGCAAAAGGCUCAGGGGGAAAACUAA